AUGUCGCCGUAUAGACUGGUGUUUGGCAAGAUGUGCCACCUUCCUGUAGGUAUAGAGCACAAGGCCUAUUGGGCAGUCCGAGAAAUGAAUAUGAAGCCAGAGGUCUGUGGAGAGGAAAGGAAACAGCAACUGCAGGAGCUGGAGGAGCUGAGACUCGAGUCUUACGAUGCCGCAAUGUGGUACAAAGAAAAAACCAAGUUGUGGCACGAUAAAAAUCUACGGACGAAGGAACUGCAGGUCGGGCAGAAAGUACUCCUUUUCCAGUCAAGGUUGAAACUCUUGCCAGGAAAACUGAAGUCGAAGUGGGCAGGACCCUACACCAUCGUGAGCCUCAGAGCUAACGGAGCAGUGGAGAUUCAGGGAUGUACUCCUAACUCUGUUCCUUUUCUUGUAAAUGGUCAUCGAGUCAAGAGGUAUAGGGAUAGUUUAGAGUUGUGUGUGGUGGAAGAAGUUCCACUGCGCCUGUUCCCCACUAUCGCCUAA